AGUUGCCAGCCUUGCGGGGGAACAAACUGCGGCGAAUGACAGACGCCCGUGCCAACUGCGGCAUCCCAGCCUGACGCAUACUGAGUCUCCAACAUGCGGACGGACAUGGCAGCAUUCAAGUAGUUUUAAUUGCUACCACUACGAUUUGUCACUCAUCACCAUACAUCAACUGUACAGCAGUUUUUCUGCUCCCUAAUCGGACUGAGAACGCUUCUCCUACUUGAUCUUCCCGACUUUUAUCCAGUACUCAGGGCUACAAUCAUCCUAUAAUCUUGGAAUCGUUCUACAUCUAGUCCACGGCCAAUCCAAGCCAUGGCCGGAUGGUUCACCUCAGGCAAUUCUGCUCUCGAUGAGCAGAUCGAGAAGGCCACAUCCUCCAGCUUAGAAGAUAUCGCCACGAGCCUCGAGAUCUCGGACCUCAUCCGAUCGAAAACAGUGCAGCCUAAAGAUGCUAUGCGUUCUCUGAAAAGGCGGAUAGGCAACAAGAAUCCCAACAUUCAACUUUCAGCGUUGAAGCUCACAGAUACUUGCGUGAAGAAUGGAGGAUCACAUUUCCUGACCGAAAUCUCGUCUCGCGAGUUUAUGGACAAUCUGGUCUCACUACUAAAAGCAUAUGGUGCUGCCACGGUCAAUGAGGACGUAAAGGCCAAAAUACUGGAAUUGAUUCAGACCUGGGCCAGCGCCACACAGGGUCGAUACGAGCUAUCAUACAUCAACGAGGUUUACAAGACAUUGCAAAGAGAAGGCUUCACUUUCCCACCCAAGGUCGAAAUCGCAAGUACUAUGCUUGACAGCAGUGCACCGCCUGAAUGGUCCGACAGCGACGUCUGCAUGCGAUGUCGGACAGCGUUUACUUUCACAAAUCGCAAGCAUCAUUGCAGGAAUUGUGGCAACGUCUUUGACCAGCAAUGCUCCUCCAAAUCGAUCCCGCUGCCACAUCUGGGCAUAAUGACACCGGUCCGAGUUGAUGAUGGAUGCUAUGACAAAGUGACGAAGAAGUCUGGUGGUAGUGGUGGUUCCGAGCGUCGGGUUUCGUUCGCACCGAAACCGACAACGAUGCAACCACGCAGUGCACGAGUAGAGGCGAGCAGUUUUGACGAGGAUCUUAAAAAAGCUCUAGAGAUGAGCUUGGAAGAGGCCAAAGGAAUAUCAAGUUCAGGCUAUGUCCCUCAGUCGCAACCGAAGCCAGAACCGGCAAAGUCCAACGGCGCGUCGGCCGACGAAGAGGAGGAUCCAGAUCUCAAGGCUGCCAUAGCACUGUCUCUCAAGGAUGCAGAAGAACAGGCGAAAAAACAUGCGGCAUCGAUUAAGAAGUCCACAUCUGACGGAGCGAGCUCUACCCAGCCAUUUGUAAUGCCCAAGAACGACUACGAACUGUCUAUGGUCGAAGCAGAGAACAUCAACCUGUUCUCGACGCUAGUUGACCGCUUACAGCACCAGGCCCCAGGCACAAUUCUCCGAGAACCACAAAUCCAGGAGCUAUACGAGAGCAUAGGCAAACUCCGACCAAAGCUGGCCCGGACAUUAGGCGAGACCAUGUCCAAGAACGACGCACUGCUCGAUCUACACGCCAAACUGUCGACCGUAGUCCGGUAUUACGACCGCAUGCUCGAAGAGCGUCUAAGCAAUACCUACAACCAGAGAAACCCCGGCUAUGCAACAUACGGCAUGCCAUCACCUGGUGUCGCUCCCCAGCAAUCAGCCAUGUACCCAUCAAUAGCUGCCGGCCCUCCACCAUCCAUGAACACCGGCCCUGGUGGCGCAGAGAACUUCUACUUCAGCAACGCGCCCAUCGACUCAUACGCGGCACCGCCCCCUCACCAAGCGCCAUCCAUCCCACAACCACAACGCUCAUACUCCUUUUCCAGCCAGAAGCAAGAUCCGCAACCGUCACAAUACCCGUACGCAAACCAGCAUCCACCCCAAUACAACCAACCGCCAUCUCCAACAAUGUAUCAACACCAACCCGCGGCACCAUAUCCGUCCCAACCGCCCGCUGACCCGACACCGUCCGCAUAUCCCCAACUACCACCUCCGGACCCUCAACAAACGCCCAUACCGUACGCGCAGAUGGCACAUAUGCCGCCGGACGCCGGGUACCAAGUACCACAGUCACAACAGCCCUAUCAACAACAAGCCCAACCUCCGGCUCAGGCCCCUCCGCAGAGCUACCCACCAGCACAAACACAGCAAUACUCUCCUCCGCAGCAACAACAACAGCAACCACCGCAGCAGCAGCAGACCGCGCCAGCUUCAUACGCGCCCUACCCCACGUACACCCAAGAUCAAUUCCCUUCCGCGCCUCAGCAUGCGCCAGGAUACACACAGCAGCAACAACAUCAGCCGCAACCCGUCGCUGUGGAGGAGAGUCUGAUUGAGCUAUGAAAAAAGACAGCAUUCUCCUUUGUAUGGAAGCGAAAGCGAGUCUUGAAUUUUCCGACUUGCUAGCACCAAGUGUAUUGGUCUUCCUGAGCAGGAGUUGACACCAGAUAGGGUGCAUGUCUUUGUGUCACAAGACAAUGCGACUGCCGUGCUUAUUCUCAUUCUCUAGCGCAUCAUGGCGGUGAUCUUUUGCCAGACCUUGUCCAACGGCGCAAAUAGCUA